AUGGCUUUUACAACGGCUACCCACAAUGGGGAUCAUUCCCCCACAAUCAGUCGUCACGGACUGGAAGCAGUUCAGCCGAAAGAACGUCCCACAGAUAUCCCCGAGAAGGAUGCUGUCGUCGGUGAUGAUGAGGAAAUCUUCGGCGAUGGUGUGAAGAAGCUUGCCUUCGACCAUACGCACCGCAAGCUGAAGCCCAGACAUAUCCAGCUCAUCGGUAUUGGGGGUACAAUCGGCACAGUGUUGUACGUCCAGAUCGGCAAAGCGCUGAUGGAGGGUGGUCCUGGUAGUCUAUUCCUGGCAUUCGUUAUCUGGUCAGUCCUCUGCGCCUGUUGA